CAAAUUCAAGCUGAUUCAUUAUCAGACAAGACGAUAGAUCAAUAAUUUUUUGUUUUUUCAUUAGAAUUUUAAGACAAAUUUCCAUAAUAUCCAUGAUUCAGUUUAGAAUUGAAAAUUACAUUUUAUGCUUUGAUUUUUUUAUGUCCUUGCUCGAGCGUUUUUGAACAGCUACCAAAACGUCAUUUUUCCGUACCAGGAAGUAUUAGAUUAUCAGCAAAUUGAUAAUUUAAACAUAAAAUAUGUAUUCAUUACAAAGUAUUUUAAAAUAAUGUGAUUUAGCCAAUCGAGCUCACAAUAAAGCAUAAACAUUAAAUAUGGAAGUUUCCGAUAAUGAUAAUACUGAUAGUAUUGAUGAGCAAGAUUUUUUUAUCAAUUUUGAUCCAGAAGUUCAAUCAGCAAUAGAAGAAGUUUUACAAAAAAAAGAUCCAUUGGAUGAAAAAGAUUUCAAUACAAUUGAUUAUAUCAAUAAUCUCUUUCCUACAGAACAAUCUUUGUCUAAUAUCGAUGAGGUAGUAGCUAAAUUUGAAAAUAAGAUUUUAACUAUUGAUAAUGAAAUCACCACAAUUAUACAUGGCCAGGUAGAAGCUAGCCAGGAAGGUAAAGAAGCUCUUGAUGAAGCUCAAAAAGUAAUAAAAGAAUUAUUUUUUCACAUAAAAGAUAUCAAAGAACAAGCAGUGAAAUCUGAAGAAAUGGUAAAGGAAAUAACAAGAGAUAUCAAACAAUUAGAUUGUGCAAAGCGAAAUUUAACCCUGGCUAUAACAACAUUAAACCAUUUGCAUAUGUUAGUUGGCGGUGUUGAUAACUUAAAACUCUUAACUCAAAAGAAAUUAUAUGGAGAAAUUGCUCUACCACUACAAGCAAUCAGCGAAGUAAUGACUCAUUUUGAAAAUUAUACAGACAUUCCUCAAAUUAAGAGCUUAGGAGAUCAAGUUAAACAAAUUCACUUAGAACUGGCUGAACAAAUAAAUUUGGAUUUUAGGGAAGCAUUUUCAAAUGCUAGAACUGCUAUUCCAAAUAAGCUACUUUCCCAGGCUUGUCUUGUUGCCUCUGUUUUAGAUUCAUCGGUGAAGAAAGACCUUCUUAAAUGGUUUGUUGAUUUGCAGUUAGAGGAAUAUAAUCAUCUUUUUCAAGAAACUGAAGAUACAGCUUGGUUAGAUAAAAUUGACAAGAGAUAUGCAUGGCUGAAAAAAAACUUGGUAGAUUUUGAAGAUAAAUUAGGAAGUAUAUUCCCUCAAAACUGGGAGGUAUCUGAGAGGAUAGCUGUUCAAUUUGCACAUCAUACAAGGGAGCAGCUUGCUAAGAUUAUGGCAAAAAGGAAGACAGAGAUGGACGUGAAGCUCCUUCUUUAUGCAAUUCAGAAAACCACAGCUUUCGAAAAUCUACUUGGUAGGAAAUUCACAGGUAUUACAAUAACCGAAGAGAACCCCCAGUUAGUGGUGGACAACAUCGACAAUCCUGAAUUUUUGUCUGUAUUUGACGGGUUGAUUGGCAAGUGUUUCGUACCACAUUUGGAGAUCUACAUAGAUAGUGUGGACAAGAAUCUCAGCGAACUUUUAGAAAGAUUCAUAAUUGAUGAGAAGCAGAGUAAACCUACUGAAGCAACAGACACUCAGGCUUCUAUCCUUCCAAGUUGUCCUGACCUGUUUGUCUUUUAUAAGAAGAGUCUCAUACAGUGUGCUCAGUUAGACAAGGGCAAGACAAUGCUUGGUCUGACAAAUGUCUUCCGCAAGUAUCUAGAACUAUAUGCUGAGAAACUUCUACAGAAUAAUCUUCCUAAAAUGGAACCUCAAUCCCUGGGUACCAGCGUGUCCAUGUUGACCAGGGACAUUCAGAAGAUGUCAACCUCCGGCCUGAUUCAGAACUUUUCGUCCUUGCUGAAGGAAGGCGAUGCUGUUAAACUGACCAAGGAAGAGCAAAGCAAGAUCUGCUGCAUCCUUACCACUGCAGAGUAUUGUGUGGAGACUACCCAACAGCUGAGUGAUAAGCUUAAGCAGAAAAUCGAACCUGCUUUGGCCAAUCAAGUGGACUUCACAAAGGAACAGGAUUAUUUUCACAAGGUGAUUUCCAAUUGUAUUCAGAUUUUAGUCCAGGAUUUGGAAAAUGCAUGUGAGCCUGCCUUGACAGCUAUGAGUAAAAUACAAUGGCAGUCCAUCGACACUGUAGGUGACCAGAGUCCUUACAUUUCUUCAAUCUGCAACCAUCUAAAGAAUAAUGUGCCCACCCUUAGGGAAAACCUAUCGCAAUCCCGGAAAUACUUUGUCCAGUUUUGUCUUCGAUUUGUGAAUCAGUUUAUUCCCAAGUUUGUACAAACCAUCUAUAAGUGUAAGCCAAUGAAUACUGAAGGGGCAGAACAGUUGCUGUUAGAUGCACAUAUGCUAAAGACGGCGCUGUUAAAUCUUCCAUCAGUCGGAUCACAGGUGGGAAGGCCGCCGCCAGUAGCGUACACAAAGGUUGUUACUAAAGGUAUGACCAAGGCAGAGAUGAUUCUGAAGGUUGUGAUGACACCAAUAGAACCAAAUAAAAAUUUUGUUGAGCAGUAUAAGAAACUGCUUCCAGACUGUCAAAUAUCAGAGUUCUAUAAAAUAUUGGACAUGAAGAGUGUCAAGAGACAAGAACACUCGGCACUUGUGGAAAUGUUCAAGAGUAAAUAAAGCUGAUAGAGUGUUGGUGUAUUAAUUUUGUUAUGAGUAUUAUUGAAUCAUUGAAAUAUUAUUAGUUAAUUUUAUUUAGUUUAUUCUUUUUGAUUGAUUUAGAUUUGUUCAAAGUAAUCCAGAAUAUUUGGAAUUAUAUGACAUGCUCACUUGGUAAAAAAUACCCAUCCAGUAUAAAUUCAAUAAUAUUUAGUUCUCUAUUUAGAAAUUGUCCGGUGAGGGUUUAAAUUUUAUUUUUGGAUAAAUAAAAUUUUUUUGGAAUUAUAUACGAUUUAUUCCAUAGAAUUAAUGUCAAAAUGGAGUUAUUAUUCUCAGAGUAUGAUGAAGUUUGUUGAAUGUAUUUCUUUCCACACAGUAAAAUGUAAGCACAUGCAAUACAUUAAAAAACAUUUUUUAUUUAA